AUGUCGAUGGUAUUGGGAGCUGGUUUAAAGAGACCACACGAAAAACGAGGUGUACUUGAAGGUAUCAAUUUGGGCACAGGUCUCUUCACGCCAACACUCUCUGGAAUCAGCCUUAAUUCAGCAAAUAUUCUCACCUCAGGACUGAACUUGCCCAUUGAAACAAACGUUUCUUCCGUAAUUAAAACAGAUUCUGGAAUAAAUCUUUCUGGACUUAAUUUAACUCCCGGGAUCAAUCUUCCGUCCGGCAUAACAUUGAGUUCUGGCAGCGGCAUUUUGUCUGGUGUGAACCUUAAUUCACAGAUCGGUUUGCAAUUAAGUCAAACAGCUGCAUCUCAGAAGCCCAUCGCAGUUCCAGUGGAUCGGCCGAUAUAUGUCGCUGUGCCUCUGCAAGUCCCUGUCGCAGUUGACAGGCCAGUGCCUGUUGCAGUAAAUCGAGCGGUUGCUGUGCCAGUGGACCGUCCCGUUGCAGUAGCAGUAGAUAGACCCGUUGCUGUAGCAGUUCCUCAACCAUUCGCUGUUCCUGUAUCACAACAAGUACCGGUACCAGUAGCAUCUCCUUUUCCGGUACCAGUAGUCAAUAACGUAGCUGUUCCAGUCCCAUAUCCAGUUCCAAUUGUAAAGACAAUUCCAGUUUCAGUUGGCGCUACAUCAAUUGGAGGAACAGGUUCUGGAAUAUCUCUGGGUUCAAACCUAGGCUUAGACGCUGGAACAUCACUGUUUUCAAAUAAAUUAGGUGCUUAUGGGCGUUAG